AUGGAAGCUGAGAGUAGAGCUAUGUUAGAUGGUUUGAUCCUAUUGGAAGAUUAUGGCUUAUCGGUUUAUUCAUUUAUCAUUGAAUCGGAUUCUCAAGUGCUCUUGGAUAUGCUUUCAGGGAAAAUAAAAGUUCCAUGGAGGCUAAGGGAACUGACUAAUCAAAUCUCUAGGAGGUUGAGUGCUUUGUCUUGUACACUGGUUCACACUUAUAGAGAAGGGAAUAUGGUAGCUGGCUAUUUGGCUAGGAAAAGGGUGGUGGAUAAAGCAGAGUUUCGAACUGCUUCACCCAAUUCCAUCCCAGCCCAAGCAAGAACUCUGAUUUUACAGGAUCAGAUACAGCUUAGAUCAUUAAGGCAGAAGAAAUGCUGGGUGUAUCUAAACCCAGGAGUGCUAAGGCAGUAG